CUGGCCCGUUCCACCUACGAUACCAUCUCGGCGAUGGCUGGAGAGUAGCCCCAGAAUUAGUUGUCAUCGUGGACGAGCCAAAAAUCCCACAUCGACCCUCCUGAUCCCCCAGAAGAUCCUGCUCCUUCGCCGAAGACAUGGAAACGGUGCACACGGCCAUCGGUGUUGCGGGCAUAGUGGCCAUGUUCUGGGUGGUGACCCGAUCGGUAACUCAAGUAGCUGGCAUGGUGUUUAACCAAUCCCGUGAUCCGAUUGCUGACCUUGUGAGCCGCGGUGGUCCAGUGGCGGAUCAGCUGUCCGCCGUCGAGGGGGAAACUCCGCUGGUGGAGGGCGACCGCAUGGAUGGCGCCUGCUCCGUGGUACAAAGCAUUGGCGGCAAGGCGUGUGCCUUGAUAGGGCCAUUGCUACCAAAGUUUCCGGCUGAACGGACUUCCGAGGGUUCCUCGAAGGAAGACGAAAAAGAUAAAACGGACCCGGAGCAGGUGGUAGUAAAACAGGAAGCUCCGCCUCCGGCAGAUUUAUCGGAAGAGGAGUAGGAUCUAUUCAGCAACGAUGUCGAAUGGAGGAGGCUAUCAGAAUGUAAAAGAAAAUUUUUAGUAUUCUCUAGUCGGCCUUGGAAAUAAACUUCACUUUUGUUGUGGGCUUUGUGUGAUUCGAAA